GAUAUGAAAAAUGGAUUAAGGGGCCAUUAGCCAGAGCGGCACAACUGCGUUUUGUGUGGGAGUGUGACCGUCUAACGCGUUACACUUCUGUUUCCUAAUUUAAAUAAUCAGCCUUAAUCCUUUUAAAUUAAAAUAUUAACCUGUCCAGCAUUUGAAAGUAAUAAAUAAAUAAUUUAGUCCUGAUUUAUUAUUAUCCAUAAUACCAAAAACAUAAAUUGAGACGUAGAUAGAUUGCCACGUGGUGUAAUCGUGAGUGUUGGGUGUUGGGUGGUAACUGGUAAGUUUAUACUCCAUUUGUUUAUGUUUAUCUUCUACUACUAAGUGAUUCUAAAAGAAUGGAGUCGGUGGGAAUAUCUGUUGCUAAUUUCCCACUUCAGAAAACAAAGAAAGCGAAAAGUAACAGUUGUCAUCCAUUAUUACAACACAAAAACAUCUUAAAGAUUAAUGCUUCUCAAACUGCUGCUACAGUAUAUGUUAAUAACCAGAAGAAGCCGGAAAAUUGGCUGGGAAGAAGAGAAGUAAUUUGUAAUGGAGCUUUAGUAUUAGCUACUCUUCUUUCAUUCCCUUCCGAUUCCAAAUCUUGUGACUUCACUUCUUCCCCAUCUGGUCUUGCUUACUGCGACCAAGCUCUUGGUGCUGGUCCUCCUCCGAUUAAAGGUCAACUCAUUAAGGCACACUAUACGGGAAAAUUGGAGAAUGGCAAGGUAUUUGAUAGCAGCUACAACCGUGGAAAGCCUUUAACAUUUCGUGUUGGUGUUGGUGAAGUUAUCAAAGGAUGGGAUGAAGGCAUCUUAGGGACCGAAGGAGUCCCUCCAAUGUUGCCAGGAGGAAAACGAAGAUUGAUGAUUCCACCGGAGCUUGGCUAUGGAAUGAGGGGAGCAGGAUGUAGAGGAGGUAGCUGCAUAAUUCCUCCAAAUUCUCUACUUUUUUUCGAUGUGGAGUUCUUAGGCAAAGCCUGAGCCUGAGAAGAUAUCUGUUAAAGUUGCUACAAGUCGUCAAAUUCUUGUAGGCGGAACAAAAGAAAGAGGAAUCAAAUUCAUGACAUUUGAAAUAUUGUAUUUGCUCUUCUAUUAAAACAAGACUCCGUUCUUGCUUUUUUUCAGGUUAUUAAAAACUUGUACUAAUCACUCAGAAAUACUAUUUAAAACGCCGUCUGUGGGGAUCGAACCCACGACCACGUGGUUAAAAGCCACGCGCUCUACCACUGAGCUAAGACGGCAUUAUUAUUUAUCUAUUCUCUUAGAUAUUAUAAAUAUAUAGAGUUAGAAAAAGAAUAAUAUUAUAGCGUACAAGUAUUGAUUCUGAUGCGGAAUCCUCAAACGCAAAUAAUUCGGUUAUAAUCUUGCUUAUUUCAACCGGUUGGUAUUAAUGGCAAGUUUAUUAUGAAUUUCAUUAUAUUAGGAUCGAAAGUCUUAUUUGUUUUGUUGAUAAUAUUCGACAAUUAUUCUUAGAUUGUAUUUUAUCCUUAUUAUAUAUAUUAAAAUAUAAAUGAGAUUUUAUUUAAUUCA